AUGGCAGGCUGGCUGGAUUUGGCCGUUCCGACAUCCGCUGUCUCCGCCCACUCCACCGUUGAGGUCUUCACCCGCUAUACGCCAGAGAGCUGGGGCCCUAUCCGUACUUGGUCAUCGUCUCCUUUCAGCCUACUGAAGAGAGAUAUGUCCAGCCCCGCGACGGAGACGCGUCGGAUUGGAAUUACUCCAGUGAAAGAUAGAGAUGGUCACUCUACCCUCCCUGGAGCCGAUAUAACGAUCUCAAAUUGGCCCAAGACCGAAGCUAAAAAUUGA